UCACGCCUGCGCGGGCAAAGGAGACUUGGCGCGUGGCUUGGGCUGCCGGCGCUAUGGGGCUGACCCGCGUGCGGGCUAUUUUCUUUGACCUGGACAACACACUCAUCGACACGGCCGGGGCGAGCAAGAGAGGCAUGUUGGAGGUAAUAAAGCUCUUAAAGUCAAAAUACCAUUAUAAAGAAGAGGCUGAAAUCAUCUGUGACAAAGUUCAAGUUAAACUCAGCAAGGAAUGUUUUCAUCCUUAUAGUACAUGCAUUACAGAUCUGAGGACUUCACACUGGGAAGAAGCAAUCCAGGAAACAAAAGGUGGCGCAAACAAUAGGAAAUUGGCUGAAGAAUGUUAUUUCCUGUGGAAAUCUACCCGUUUACAGCAUAUGACCCUAGCAGAAGACAUCAAAGCCAUGCUCACUGAACUUCGCAAGGAGGUCCGCCUUCUCUUGUUAACAAAUGGUGACAGACAAACACAGAGAGAGAAGAUCGAUGCCUGUGCCUGUCAGUCCUACUUUGAUGCUAUUGUUGUAGGUGGAGAACAGAAAGAGGAGAAACCUGCACCUUCCAUAUUUUAUCAUUGCUGUGAUCUCCUUGGAGUACAGCCUGGGGACUGUGUGAUGGUUGGUGACACAUUAGAAACUGAUAUACAAGGAGGCCUCAAUGCAGGACUGAAAGCAACAAUCUGGAUAAACAAAAAUGGAAUAGCACCACUGACAUCAUCCCCCAUUCCACACUAUAUAGUUUCUUCUGUACUAGAAUUACCUGCUCUCUUACAAAAUAUAGAUGACAAAGUCAAUAUGUCAGCUUAAAGCACAUAUUACGUUCAGUUCUAAGAAUAACUUGACUUAAGAUUUAAUGACCAUUUUGUGAAGGUCCUCCCAACUUUAUUGCUUUUGACAACCAACUAUUGACUUGUAUUUAUAUCCGAAAAUGCAGGUUGCAUUAAUACAGGUUAUUUUCAGGAAUAUGUAGUCCAGAAAACUUGAGGAAAUACAUUAUUUGUUAGUACGUAACUUGAGAUUUUUUAAAAAUUAUUAAUGUUUUAGUAUCUUGGUUCCAUGAUAGCUUAUGCAUGGAUACACAAAUGCAGCUUAUAUGAUCUAAAAAUAGAUAUUUUUUAAAAAAUAGAUAUUCCAAAACAUGUAUAAUAGAGAUUUAUUAGAGUGAUUGAAUCUGAUUCAUAUGAAGUGUUAAGUCAUGCAGAUCAAGGCAUUUCACAGUGAAAUUAUUCUGCUAUUUUUUAAAUAAGUCAUAUUUUUGCUUCUUCUGGGUGUGUAUUUUCUAUUAUGAAUCUAAUUUUUCUGCAUGAAAUUUUUGGGGCUUGUUUUUCUGUGGUGUGUACAUGACAGCUCCAGUUUAAAAAAAAACUGCUAAAAUCAACAUGUGGUGCUCUUUUUCCAUGCCAAUUUCACAUGCCAAUUUAAAGCAAGCUUGUUAACUUCCUUGUAGUCUUUACUGCUUAUAGAUCUACUUUUACUGUUGUUCCAGGCACACAGUGGAAUUGAGGGGACUCAACUUGCUGGGGAUAGGUGCAAGUCACAUGGCAACAAAAGUCAUUUUUCCUCCUGUGGAUCUGUAAGGGGAAAAUUACCUUCAUGUGGCCUAACCAGGUAGUUUCCCUGCCCCCAUCUGUUCUCUAUUUACUGAUUUCACACAUAUGCUGAAACUAGUAGAAAAUAAGGUUUUGCUCUAAACUACUUCCAGGGUGCCAUUUUAAUACUUGAGUGACUCUUAAAGUUACCAUCUGCCUUAAGUCUGUUAUUCACAUUUUCAGAAAUAAUCACUGUUUUGCAAAUUUUUGUAUCUAAUUCAGGGUUCACUUGGAUCCUAUUAAUUCAUAGUUCCAUGGCAAUAUAUCAGCUGGAAACUAGAAAAUUUUCCUAAGCCAUGAGACUAGACAGUCUUGUAAUUCCACUAACUAAACUUGUACUGAAGUGGUAAAGAAAAGAGUGGUUAAUAAAGGAAAUAUUAGGAUCGCUUUUGGUAAUACGAAAAAAAAAAAAAAAACUAAAAGUACUAAUGUAAAAUACUAGGUGGUAUAUUGGGAUUUGCAAAACUGUAACUCAAAGAUGGAUAAUUGAGUUUUUUAUUAUACCUGAGAACCUAAAAGGCAAUUAUUUUUUGUCUGCUACUGAGAACCAAAUUUUCUGCCUUGUACAAAUGUCCUUUUGUGUUUACUUAAGACUCUUGAUUGUCCCAGGGUGCUGUUGCUAUGAAGCUAAACAUCUAAACAGGGUAUGUUUGUAUUUCCAAUAUGCCACCAUCUGACCUUGAUUAAAUUUUAGCUAUUAGAAGUUGGUAAGUUUGGAGGCUUUUGAAAAAAACAAUUAUGUGCAUGAUUUCUCUAAUAUAUUGAUUGAUGUGUAGUACUAAGGCUCAUACUAGCCCACAGGGUGGAUGUGGACAGUGUCACAUCCAUUACUGAUUCAUCACUCAUACAUUAUGCUAGCCAGUCUCAACAAGAUAGCUCAUAGAACAUUAUGUGAGCAAUUAUUGAAAAAUUACCCAGUGGGGACUGGGCACAAUGAUUCAUACUUAUAAUCCCAGCUACUGGGAAGGCUGAGACAGGAGGAUCACAAGUUUUGAGGUCAUGUUGGGCAAUUCUAGUUAGAACUGUCUCAAAAAGGAUUGGGCAUACAGCUCAAUAGUAGAGUUCCCUGCUCAAUACCUAGUAUCACAAAGAAAAGAAUCUAGGGGGAAAAUUAAGGAUUAAGCUAUGCAGUACAGCAGUGCAAUUUUACAUUCCAUUUGCACCCUUCCUCUGGGAAGAACUUUGUAGUUUUCUAUUUUGUGGGUGGAAUGUUACAGAAAGUAUUUUAAAAUAUUGGAAUGGAACCAUGAUUUUAUUAGUAGUGUUUUGAUUUAGGAUAAUAUUCCUCAAAAUUAAACAAUGAUAUAACAGUG